AGUCGCACGAGGUCGGUUCACUGCCUGGUGACGUUUUGCCACUUUCGACGAACCCGCUUGCGCAACACAGCAAGGUAUUGCCAUCAUUGAGCAAGUUUACCGACGCAUGUUGCUAUUCUAUCGCAUCCUGUCGAGAAAUGACGUAAGGUUCCGCCCCCUUCCUCCUGCAGCAAAAAGGAGGAGGCGAGGCGCAGAUUCCCCCCUUUCUUUUUUUUCUUUUUUGUAAAAGAGGCAAGUUGGUAGGACGACAAUUGUUCGUCCUGUAUUCACAGUGGCUAUAUAAUUCAUCGUCGGCUAUCAGAGCUCAGACAUAGAGGCCUGUGCUAGGAGACAGAGGAAAACAUCAUCCUGAUGAAUUUGUUUUUACAACUGGCUUGCGCCGCGGUUGCCCUUGCAAAUUUUGCAGGAAAUGCUAAUGCGCAAGCUGCGAACAUAACGUCCGACCUGCCCGUCGUGUGCUACUACUAUGGAUGGGCCAAUACGAGGCCUCACCCAAUGAACUACGAACCGGAGGACCUUCCUGGAGAUCUUUGCUCUCACGUCAACUUCGCCUUCGCCGGUGUCGAUGCGGACACUUUUGAGCUCAGGAGCGAGGUACCACAGUACGAAGCUAACAGAGCCCUGUUCAGGAAAUUCACUUCAAUCAAGGCCAAGUACCCUCACUUAAAAACGGUGCUAUCUAUCGGUGGAUGGCAACACAAUCUCCAGAGUUUCUCACCCAUGGUGAGCUCCCAGGCAACCCGACAGCGGUUCAUUAGGAGCCUGUCCUCAUGGAUGGACGAAUACGACUUUGACGGUGCUGAUAUGUACUGGAUGUACCCGGCAGUCUCGGAAAGGGGAGGCGCACCGACAGAUCGUGAGAAUUACGUACAGCUUCUAAAGGAAAUAAGUGAGGUCUUCAGGAAGAAAAACUUGCUGCUCACAAUCGAGAUCCCAAUUAUUCCAGAAUACCUCGACCCGGGCUAUGACGUUGCUGAGUUGUCGAAGUACGUCGACUGGUUCAAUGUCCACACGUUCGAUCUUCGAGGCCGCUGGAAUGGAGUGACAGAUGUGCAUAGUACGCUAUACUCGAGAUCUAUCGAUGUCGGCGAAUUCAAGACGUUGAAUGUGAAAGAUGGCAUGGAGAAGCUUGCCGCUCGUGGAGCCCCGAAGAAGAAGCUGCUGAUGGGAAUACCGUUCCUUGGAAGACAGUUCACCCUUCUGGAUGAAGCACAGCAUGGACUCCAUGCUAUUAUCAACCCAGGAGUCACUCCAAACGCGGGGCCUUUCGUUCGUAGCAGCGAAGUUAUGGGUUACUAUGAGAUAUGCCUCCUGCUCCGAGCCUCGUGGGUCCGAGAGUUCGACAACGACGGAAAAUGUCCGUACGCGUAUCAAAAAAAUAUGUGGAUCGGUUACGACGACAUUGACAGUAUCGACUACAAGACAAUGUUCCUCAUCGAAGAAGGCUAUGGAGGUAUGCAUGUGUUCAACGUUGACCUGGACGACUUCCGAGGUAUCUGUGGUGCCACCAACCCACUACUUAAGGCAAUCAACGAUCGCCUGCGUCCAAGUCAGAACUAUGUGAAAUAGAGAGCCUGGGUGAACGCAAGCUUGUGUUGGGCAUUGUUAACAGGGAAUGCUCCUGGAAUUGAUGUAGUAGACUACUUUUUAAAUGAACGUUACUCAAUUAUCUACUUAUGAAUAAACAAAAUGUUUCUGAU